CCCGUGGAUUCUUUGUUAGUCAUUAUCGCGUUAUUUGGUAAUUCGGGUAUAAUUGAAUGACUUGACUGACCAGAGACAGGGAUGGUACUAUACCUGAUACUUAUAUGGUCUUACUCGAAUUUCGAGACCCUUAUUCUGCAAAUACUUAUUAUAAACAGUAUCAUGGUAGACUGUUUAGUUCAAUGGAAUCUGAAAAAUGUCAAAUCAUGUAUAUAGAAUCGUCUGAACCAGCGUCUACAUCGAAUCUGGAUGAAGAGACAUUGCCUAUAUGUUCUGUGUGUUUAGAACCCAUGGACGACCAACUUACUGGACUCUUGACUAUUUUAUGCCAACACACAUUUCAUUCACACUGUCUAUCAAAAUGGGGUGAUAGUAGCUGUCCUAUCUGUCGUUACUCGCAUCAUCCUAAACCAACAGAACCCAGCAGUAGUCAAAAAAACACGCUGAUCAGUCAAUUACUUGAACUCCAUGACCAGAGCGACAAUCAAUGCAGUGUAUGUCAAUCGACAAGCCAUCUUUGGGUGUGUCUGAUAUGUGGGCAUAUUGGCUGUGGAAGGUACCAUGGCGCCCAUGCGUAUGAACAUUACCAGCAAACAGAUCACCUUUAUGCGCUUGAGAUUGAUACACAGCGUGUGUGGGAUUAUGCAGGCGAUAACUAUGUCCAUCGAUUGAUACAGAAUGCUGUGGAUGGCAAAUUGGUUGAAUUGCCUACACAAGAACAAGCGGCUCAAUCUGAGAAAUUGGAAGUCAUGUCGAUUGAGUACAGUUAUUUGUUGACAUCUCAAUUAGAUUCGCAACGCAUCUAUUAUGAGAAUCAAAUGGACCAAAUUUCUUCUCAAUUGUCUGAGCUCACUUGUCAAACAAGAACCUUAUUAGCAGAAUCGGAUAAGACACAGGCGGAAAACAAACGGCUUGAAGAAGAGAACAACCAGAAAGAAAGAAAAGUCCUUGAGAUCAAGCAAGAAAAGAAACUAUCUGAAGAGAAGCUAGAGACAUGGAAAGAAAAAUUUGAAUCGACAAAAAAAAUUUGGCUGGCAGAGAAAGAAUCCACAAACUCACUGUUGGAAAACAACAAUUUGUUGAUGAAAGACAUGGAAGAAAAGGAAAAGGCAAUCAAGGAUUUAAAUGAUCAAGUGCGUGACUUGAUGUUCUUUUUAGAGGCAAGAGAAAAAGUACAAGGCAAUCCUGAACUUGAAGGUGCGAGCGUAGGCACACGUCAAAAAAGAAACAAGAAGAGAGGCAAAAGAUCUUGAAGCUUU